AUGUCCAACGAUGCACCCUCUCCAGGGUUGACACCUACCCUUCUUCCCUCCCCUACGACUCCAAAUGACGAGGCUGUUGAAGCUCACGAGCUCCAUGCUACUCCCCGCGUUCAUCCGUCACCCUCCUUCGGCUAUCAUGAAGAGCGUCGACUUUAUCAUUCGGGCACCAUGUGGAUGACCCACAACGUUGCUCGUAUUCCUCCACCCGCCAUGUCUGACUCUCCCACCGUUCCCACUCCUCUCAACUCACAGCCUCAACAAGUCGCUGGCUCUCUCACCACCGCAGAUAUCUUGAAAGACGUCAGUCCUUCGGCAUUCCAUCCUCAACCUCCCAAUCUGCCAGGGGUAGCACUGGGUGCCAAUGUCACAAAUGGCGGCGCCAGUAUGGGUCUGCUUCAAGACGAGAUGAAUGAUCCGAGAGCUGAGGGCCGACGAUAUUUCACUAAGCCGUCUGCCAUGGACAGUCCAUCAGGACCGAUGGACGGGAAUCUCGACCCUGCCCCGGCACUCAUCCAUCGACAAGAGCGUGACGAGCAAGAAAGGCUUGAUCUGGAAGAGGAGGAGCAGGAAAGGGCUUUAGAGAGUGAGUUGGGAAAUGGACUGCGCCUUCCUGGCGCGACAGCUCCAAUCGUCCCGUUAGCAGCAGGAAAACAGGAACAAGGUAUUGGUUCCGAACUCGAGAUGCUAUAUGCUUCCUUCGCCAAAUGUCUGGAGCUGCGAGACAAAUACAUAGCCCUUGCCAACCAGCGUCUCGGAGAUAACCCUAGGGACCGUGAUGGAUGCUUCAACGGCUUCUUCCCUCGCUCUUCUGGGGAUAUCUAUGGGCUCAAGCCGGACGUACCAAUCGAGGAAUGUGAAGACCCCGCGCUUGCUUCACCAGAGGACCAAGUUCAAAAUGAAAACCUGCAACCUUGGCAGAUCUAUCCACCACCACCUCCCCCACACUGGAAAUGGCGUCCAGCGGAGAAUGGCCCAUUACCAGAACAGACUGAUUCUUCCGGCGCUCCCAGGCUGAGUCCCAAUUCGGACGUCCACCGGGCAGACAGCGUAACAUUCCGCUUCGAAGAUUGCGAGCUCCCGGCAAAUGAUGAACAUUGGGACUUUGGUGUUAACGAAGAAGGGGUGUUCGAAGUUUUUGCCGCUAUCCCUCCUCGUGGCUUGGUGGCAAACAAAGACGAACAGGACGGCCAGAACAAGCCAGGUGUCGAUGAGAUGGAGAAGAGAAGAUUGUUGAUCCGAGUACCAGAUUUGAGGGAAUAUUUCAGUGAUCUUGAUUUCUUGUUGGGGGUUUGCUCUGAUGGGCCGGCCAAGAGUUUUGCUUUUAGACGACUGAAGUAUCUGGCAAGCAAGUGGAGUUUGUAUUGUCUUUUAAACGAGUAUCAGGAGCUGGCGGAUAUGAAGGCUGUUCCUCACCGCGACUUCUACAACGUUCGAAAAGUAGACACUCACAUUCAUCACUCGGCAUCUAUGAACCAAAAGCAUCUUUUGCGAUUCAUCAAACACAAGCUCAAAAAAUCUCCCGACGAAAUAGUCAUACACCGAGAUGGCAAAGACCUCACUCUCGCUGAAGUCUUCGAAUCGCUUAAUUUGACAGCAUACGAUUUAUCCAUCGACACCCUGGAUAUGCAUGCUCACCAAGAAUUCCAUCGAUUCGACCGUUUCAACGACCGAUACAACCCUACUGGUUCAUCACGUCUCCGUGAGAUAUUCCUUAAAACGGAUAAUCUUCUCAAGGGAAAAUACCUAGCAGAAUUGACACACGAGCUCAUUACCGAUCUAGAACAAAGCAAAUACCAACAUUCCGAAUGGCGUCUAAGUAUCUACGGACGUAACGUUGCCGAAUGGGAUACCCUGGCACGUUGGGUGGUGGAGAAUAAACUUAUCUCUCAUAAUGUCAGAUGGCUCAUCCAAGUUCCAAGAUUAUACGAAGUGUAUAAAAAUGGAGGUUUGGUUGAUAAUUUCGAAGAUGUCGUUCGGAAUGUUUUUCAACCAUUGUUUGAAGUUACAAAAGAUCCAAAGAGUCAUCCGCAUCUAUAUGUGUUCUUACAAAGAGUGGUUGGUUUUGAUAGUGUUGAUGAUGAGAGUAAACCGGAGAGAAGAUUAUAUAGAAAGUUCCCAACAGCUAGAAUGUGGAAUACUACUCAAAGUCCACCUUAUUCGUAUUGGAUAUACUAUAUGUACGCCAAUAUGACCAGUUUGAACGCUUUCCGAAAAUCAAGAGGAAUGAAUACAUUCGUCCUUCGACCUCAUUGUGGAGAAGCUGGAGACCCCGAUCAUCUCUCGUCUGCUUUCCUCACUGCUCAUUCCAUCUCACACGGUAUCCUUCUUCGUAAAGUCCCCGCAUUGCAGUAUUUGUUUUAUCUCAAACAGAUCGGUUUAGCUAUGAGUCCAUUGAGCAACAACGCUCUGUUUUUGACAUACGAGCGCAAUCCUUUCAAAGAUUUCUUUAGGGUAGGAUUGAAUGUUUCGUUAUCUACCGCAGAUGACCCUCUUCAAUUCCAUUUCACAGCCUCUCAUCUCCUCGAAGAGUAUUCCUGCGCCGCUCAAAUAUACAAAUUGACUCCUGCCGACAUGUGUGAAUUAGCCCGUAAUUCCGUUCUUCAAUCAGGAUGGGAAAUGACAGUCAAGAAACAUUGGAUAGGACAAAAAUGGUAUUUACCUGGAAAAGAAGGGAAUGAUAUUCAUAAGACCAACGUUCCUACUAUAAGAUUGGCUUAUCGUCAUGCUACCUUGUUGGAAGAACUCACUUUGAUCAAACAUGGUACUCAUUAUCCUUCUGCAACACCUACGCAUCUCAAGAGUCCUUCUACUACACAACCGCCAAACUCAUUUCUCCCUCCCAUCGAUUCUUUAUCCAUUUCAAAUCCCGCUGUCACUUCUACUGCUGGUACCGAUGAAACAACGGGUCAAGACUCUGGACUGGAGAAAACAGUGGCGGAUGGAGGACAUGAACGACCAGGUAUGGUAAGUAGUAAUAGCGAGUUGGCUGCUGCUGCCAUGGCGGGGUCUGUUGGGGUUACGAACGCUUUGGCCAAUAUGGGUCCCAAAACUUGA